AAAAUUUAUUUAUCUAGUGCGUUGCCUGAAUUUGAUAUUUGAUAAAAACAAGUAUUGAAGCAAUAAGAUAGAUAUAUCUUUAUAGUUUAUAAAUGUCAUUAAUUACAAUUAAAACGUAAUUUCAUCACGAAAUGGCUCAUUUACAGUACAUGCCGGGUGAUCCCCGGUUAGUCGAUCAAUUAGUUUAUGAGUUAAAAUCUAAAGGAAUCUUUGAUCAAUUCCGCAAAGAUUGCAUCUCGGACGUGGACACGCGGCCGGCCUACCAGAACCUCCGGCAGCGCGUGGAGAACUCCGUGUCCUUGUUCCUGUCCCGGCAGACCUGGAAGCCGGAUUUGAACAAGAACCAGCUGCGGGAGAAGCUCAGGAAACAUAUACUUGAUGGCAACUAUCUCGAGCAAGGCGUAGAAAGAAUCGUGGACCAAGUAGUCAACCCCAAAGUGGCGUCUGUCUUCAUACCACAAGUAGAAGACUUAGUUUACAACUAUCUUGGCAUAGCUCGCAAGAAGUCCACCCCUGAAACAUCAAAUGACAAAGGAAACACCUCCACUGAUCUACUGCCUACUGAUUUAGAAGCUGUCAGUCCCGGAUCAGUGAAAAGUGAUGAUAAAGAUGAACAAAUGGAAGAAUCUAAAGAUGAAGGAAUGGAAGUUGGUGAUGAUAAAGUAAAAGAAAUUAAUAUCAAUGAUAUAUCCAUGCCAUCUGAUAUAGAACCUGAAAAAGAGGCAGAUACUCAGCUUUCUGGUAUCAGUGAUUUGACUUCACACGGUUCUGAAGCUAGUUUAGGUAAAUUGAGCAUACCUAUGCCUGCUGAAGAAAUUAAUCUGGAGAACAUACCGUCUCCAGAGAACAGUCCUCCUAAAAUUGAUUUAGACAGCAUUGAGUUGCCUAAGGAAGAGCCAGAAAGUAUUGAGUUGAAAGAUAUACCUUUACCUGAUGAGAGCCCAAAAGAAGAGAAAGACCAAUACUUUAAACCAAUAAACAGUGAUGAUGAUUCUAGUUCUGAAUCGUCUAUUAUCAGAAAUAUGUCACCUCUGACACCAAUCAGGAAUUUCAAUAAUGAAAAUUCGUGCGAUGCGCAACAGGCUUUUGAUAAUGAUUCCGAUAAUAAAGAUGAUGAUAAAAAGGAACCCAAUACAUUUAGAUUUACUAUUGAUGCGAAAUCACCUGAAAAUAGUUCUGACGUCAAAGAUAUUAAACCAGAAAAAGAAGAGCAAGCAAAUUUGGCGUAUCAAUUUAAUGAGCAAGUUAAUAUCAACACGUUUAACACACCUUUAUAUGAUGACAGUUCUAACAGUCACAACUUACAAAUCGAUUAUGAAAGUGAUGCUAACAGCAAAACUAAUUUGGAUAAAAUUCCUUUCCCUGAUGAUCCUACGUCGGAAGAUUCUAAGAAAGAAUCGACAGAUGAGAAAAGGAGUCACAAAAGCUCACACAGAUCUAGAGAUUCUCAUAGACAUAGCUCUAGCAGCAAAGACAAAAGAACCGAUUCAAAAUACUCAAGUUCAAAAGACAGAAAAGAUUCCAAACAAGACAAGAAAUCUUCUAAAGAUGACCAGAGUAAGUCCAAAUCUAGUUCUGAUAAGUCUAAAGAAAAGGACCGAAAAGAAAGCAAAGAUAAAGAUUCUAAACACAGAAGUUCCCAUAAAAGCUCCAGCAGCAAAGAUUCGAAGCAUAGAAGCUCAAGUUCCAGUCAAAGGCAUUCUAGCAAACACGAUGACAAGGACAGGAAGUCUAGUAGUUCAAGCAAUAAAGAUAAAGAAAAAUCAGAUAAAAGUUCAAAGGAUCACAAAUCUUCAAGAGAUUCUAAAUCAUCUCGUUCAGAUAAAGAUAAAGAUAAAAAGAAGAGAGACGAUAAAGAUAAGGAUAAAAAAGAUAAGAAAGACAAUGAUGAUCAUUACAGUGCAUCAGGCAGAGGAAAUCGCACUCGUCGCUCAACUGACAGAGAUUCCAAUGAUGGCAGCUCAUCUUCAAAAGGAUCACAUCAUCCAUCUAGCUCGAAAUCCUGUGAAAGCAAAACGAAUAAGGGUAACAGUUCCAAAUCUGAUAAUACUUCACCGAGCAGCCAUUCUACAAGCCCCAGUGAUAAAGAAAACGUAUUGAAAGAAGGAAAUACAAAAGCUAACGUAAAUCAACCGAAACCUGUCAGAGUAGAUACACGCUUAGAAAUGCCAAUGGCAUCACCUCCGCGCCUCCCUUUUGUACCGGACGUGACAUUGAAAAAACCUCGAUUCGCUGCGAAUUUAGCAGAAGCAAAGCGGCUAAUGAAAAUGAGGAGAUUCUUGGAUGAAGAACAGAAGAGAAUGAAUCAAGAGGCAGCGUUACUUUUAGAAUUCCAGGCGAACGUUAGACCCAGUCUGAGUCAAGUAUAUUCUAGCGUCUCUGGCCCUGAACUAGAAUUUGCUUGUAUUUCUAAUACUGCGGAAUCACAAAAACCAAUAAUAGAGACGAAUUACGCUGAAGUGAAACCUAUUGAAGAAAUCGAAUAUGCUCCUGAUUCCAUAGAAAUGCAACUUAGUGAAAUGAAUAAGGAAACGAAGAAAAUUAAUCCAAGUGAAAUGGAAAAGGAAACUAAGAAGGAAGAUGAAAUAAAAGAAGAAGAAGUUAUGAAAGAGGCAGAAACAAAAAAUAAUAAUCCAAGUGAAAUGGAAAAAGAAACUAAGAAGGAAGAUGAAAUAAUAGAAGAAGUUACGAAAGAGGCAGAAACAAAAAAUAAUAAUCCAAGUGAAAUGGAAAAAGAAACUAAGAAGGAAGAUGAAAUAAAAGAAGAAGAAGUUACGAAAGAGGAAGCAGUCGAAACGGAGGAAGUAUAUGAAACUAUAGUAUUAAAUCAGCCUGACUUUGAGGAUACAGAGAAGAUAUUAAACGAAAUUUCAAAGAAAGUAUACGGGAUUGUAGAUGACGAAGAUAGUAUAAAAGACAUUUACAAGCCAGAGCUUAGAAAAGAAGAAGAAAUAACAGAAGGCAUCAAAAAUGAACACACAGAGUUUGAAGUUACAGUCAUAACUGAAGAAAUUGGUGACGAUGAAACUGUCGGGGAUAUUCCUGAUGAUGAACUGAGAGUAGUCAUUCAACAAGAAGAUCAAGAAGAUAGAUUCGAGUAUUUCGCAGAGCAUGAGAAGUAUAAUGCCGAAUUAGAAAGAGACAAAUUCGAGAGAUUCCUCAAAACUUACACAACUGAUAUAGGCAGUAACAAAUUAUAUCUUAUAAACUGUGAUUCCUACGAAGAAAGCAUUAUAAAAGAAGUAGCACAGACCCAUGGCAAUUUCGAAAUUAUAAACUAUCACAAAAACGGCCACAUGAACAAGAAUAUAGUUAAAAACAUAAAUGUAUCAAACGAAAUCGUUCUACCGCUAGACAGAAAUACACCAACUAUAAUGAGAUCCCCAGUAUUUAGCCCUACAAAAUCAGAAUGCUCUUUCGAAUUAUCAAGCGACUAUGAUGCCAAAUUAGAAGAAAUGGUAAAUAAGGCAUCGAGACAACAGAUUAUGGAAAUCAUUCUUGGCGGUACGGAGCCGGAGGAAAGUAAUGUGCCACAGAUAGACUAUUUUGUGGAGGAUAACAUAGUAAAGCAAGAUGAUUUGAAGAGGAAACUGUCGGUUGAGAGCGAUAAUAAUAACGGGCAUGUGCUGAAGCCGAAAUUGAGGAAGACGAGUGAAUCGGAUCAGAUAUCGUCUACUACUGAAGAGAGCCCGGACCCGCUGAACGUGAGUCGGAGUAACAACGUUCGCUCUAAAUACUUGGGCAGGGCGCGACGAGUCGGUCUGCCCAGACCUAAGAGGGCUGUGCACCCCAACAGUCCUUCGAGCGAUAAGUCCGUCGAAAACUACGACACCAACGAUCGUUCCCCAGACAUCAAGAUGAAAAGGACCCCCCAUGUGCGCUACGACACCUCAGACCUAUACAAGCCGAAACUCCACUAUCUGUCCCGGAGGAAUAAUAUUACAUAA